AUGUCAAAAAAACAAACCAAACAGAAGUUGAUUGCCAUCUUUGGUGGUGCUGGCAUUUCUUUGUUUCUGGUUAUCAUCAUUGCGGGUUUAUGCUUCUGCUGGAGGCGGUUUAAGAGAAAAAUGAACAGGACAUUUGAUGCAGAAUCCUCUUUUCAGUCUACUUCUGCUGAUUGGCACAGAGUUGUACCCAAAAAUGCUGUUAGUCUCUCCACUUUGGAUUCUAACAAUUUGUUGCACUUUAGACUGUCGGAUUUAGAGCAUGCCACAGCGAAUUUCAGCGAGAGCAGCGUCAUUGGAGAAGGGGAAUUUGGUAAAGUUUACAAAGGACUACUAACCGAUGGAACCAUUGUUUCCAUCAAACGACGCUUUCGCCUUCCGAUUCAAUCCCUAAGCCACAUGGUGAAAAGCAAUGCCUGCAUCAGACACAAGCAUCUGCUCAAGCUUGUCGGAUUAGGUCAAGAGAGUCAUCAGCAGUUUCUUGUUUACGAUUAUCUGCUGAACCAAGAUGUGGGAAAACAUUUAUAUGAUGAUGAAGGCGUGCCAAUUGGAAAGCUUGAUAUGAAUCAAAGGCUAUUAAUUGCUAUAGGGGCAGCAAAAGGCCUUGAGCAUCUUCACAGCUUCCGGCCGCCUAUAUUACAUAUGCACUUCAGAACAAGCAAUGUGUUAAUUGAUGAAAACUUUACAGCCAAGGUAUCUGAUUUUGGCACAUUUGGAUUGUUGGUGGAGGAAGGUUAUGCAUUUCCAUCAAGAUCGACGGAUUGCUUUCUCGAUCCAGAGUUAAAAUCUUACAAGGUAUUUUCAAGUGAAAGUGAUGUAUAUAGCUUUGGAGUGUUUUUGCUAGAGAUGAUUAGCGGCCGUAAAGCCAUUCCUGAAAAUCAGUCCAAAGCUGAACAAAGCCUGGUUUCUCAGGCCAAAAAUGUCAGGCAUAUUGCAGAUUUUGUGGAUAAGAAAUUGAGACACAACAGAUCAUCAAGUCAAGCCGUGAAGUUGCUCUUUGAUUUGGCAAUGUUGUGCAUAGAUACUAACAUUACUAGAAGACCAUCAAUGAAGACUGUUGUCCAUGAGUUAGAAAUGAUUCAUAGGGCAAUCAAAAGUUGUUGUGCAUCAAACCAGGAGAUGGCAAAUGUUACUCUUGGAAGUGUACUUUUUGAAAGUUGA